AUGGCUAAUGAGAACUCUCUCGAUGCGACCCUUCUCUCUCAACAGUCAGCUCCUCCCAUAGAACCUUCACCGGAAGUUCCAUCCGCCACCGCCGCCGUAUCGAAACCGAAAUCGAUCAUCCUACUAGCGAUCAUCCUCCUCUGUGUUUACUUAAUCGUCGGGGUUUUAAUGUACACGUUAUUGCGAAAACAGUUCUCCGGAGACGGCACCAACCUCUUCGUCGACGCGCUCUAUUUCUCCAUAGUCACCAUGUGCACCGUCGGUUACGGCGACAUUGUCCCGUUAACUCUAACGACGAAGAUUUUGACCAUCGUGUUGGUAACGAUCGGCGUCUUGUUUCUUGACUUUCUGCUCAACCGCGUCGUUAAUCACGUCCUGGAUCUUCAAGAAAAGGCGAUUCUCGCUCGGAUCAAAACGCCUUGUUCGAGAAACAGAGCGUUCAGAGAUCACAUCGUCGACGUCGUCAACGGGAGGAUAAGGAUAAAGUGGAAACUGCGUUUGGCGUUUUGCGGCGUGUUCUUCUGCGUCGGAGUUGGGACUUUGUUUCUUUGCCUUUACGAGAAACUGGAUUUCGUGGAUUCGGUUUACUUGUCGGUUAUUUCGGUUACGACGGUUGGUUACGGAGACAAAACGUUCAAGACGCUUAUUGGGAGGGUUUUCGCAGUGUUUUGGCUUCUGUUCUCGAGUAUUGCUAUGGCGAGUUUGUUUUUCUACUUUGCUGAGAAGAGAAUCGAUGGUGCAAUCAUGAAAUUGCCCACGACCACGAGGUAA